UCCUGUAGUACAAGUAAAACGAGAAAAUGAUACACAAUUUCUAGAAAUUAUGAUUCAAGAUUGUGUUACGGUUAAACAACAAAACAAGUGUGCAUACAAGUGGUGGAUACCUAUAAUCUACCUAAAAAUUUCAAGAAACACGUUUACUACUAAUUAUGUGUACCUAAAACCAGACGGCACAAGUAUUUUUCUUGCGAAUAUUGAAGAAGAUGAUUUUAUCAUAAUCACGGGACAAAAUGGUUAUCGUGUCAACUAUGAUCGUAAAUCUUUAGAAAAUAUUGCUCUUUUCCUAAAAAGUAAAAAACCUGAGACUUGGGUUGCAUUUAAUUUAACUGACGUCACUUUAGCACAAAUUCUUGACGAUGCUUUUUAUUUUUUAAUACAAAAUACAAAGUAUAUUGUACCUCGUGCUGCAAAUAUUGAAAAUAUAGACAUAUUUUUCACUCUUGCAAGCAAUGUAGUUCGCGGAAAGCAUUCGUACAUAGUGUGGCAUUCCAUAUUUACAACUCUUCAAUACAUAUCAAAGAUUUUGCCAUUCCCGGAAAAUGCAAAGAUCAAGGUACAUAUUUUUCCAGUGCAAUAAGAAAGAACACUAGUAAAAAAUCCUAAUCAGCAACUACAUGAAAGAAACUUU